CCACUCGCUUCCCAAGGCUCUGUAAAUGGCAGCGUGCUUUUUAAAGCUUUAACGAGGAUGAUGUAAAAAGGGGGCUCCUCCAAAAAAGGGGGCUUGUGUGUCGUUCCCGGUGACGUUGGACUCCCCGUUGAGGGCUGUGGGAGGAACGCGACGGGAAGAUGCAGAAGCAGAAGCGCGCAAGAAAGGAGCAGCUGGUGGUGAGGAGCGCAGCUGAUGCCGGCUUCUCCAAGUCCCUUCCUUCAUCUGCGCUCCUUCCUUUCUCCUGACAUCCCGAGAAGCUGUCGGGACGGCUCGGUGGCUCACCUCACCUCACCUCACCUCACUCUCGCUCAGGAUGGAAAACGGGCGGACCAGCAGAGACAGACUCCAAAACUCAUGCGGUCGGUGUAACACAGACAAGACGAUAAAAGCUUGUUGAGAAGCCGGAAGAAUUAACGGUGACAUCUGAUCUGCAUUCAUCCGCGCUGCUGGAUAUAAAACUUGCGCGUCUCUGAGAUGUUCUCGCUGUCGGCGCGGAUGCUGCGCCUUUUCGGGAUGUUGCGCCCGAGUUCGCAGCUUUAAUUUGAGCCCAACACCGCGAACGCCGGAUACUUGACCGCAACUCCAGUAAAAAUGCUCAACGGUGUGCUGCUGCUCGGCGUUUUCACCGCGAUCGGUUUGCUCUCGAAGACGGAGAGUCGGAAAACUUCGAAGGACCUCUGCAAGAACCGCUGCUUCUGCGAGGAACGGGAGAACAUACUGAACAUAAACUGCGAGAACAAGGGCUUCACCACGGUGAGCCAGUACCAGCCGCCGCCGAAUAAAAUCUGCCAGCUCUUCCUGAAUGGGAACUUUCUGUCCAAACUGAACCCCAACGACUUUGUGAAUUAUAUCAAUGUCACGAGCCUCCAUCUGGGCAACAACGGCUUGCAGGAGAUUAAAACGGGGGCUUUCAAUGGCCUGAAGUAUCUAAAACGUCUCCAUCUCAACAACAACAACUUGGAAAUCAUCAAGGAAGAAACUUUUGCUGGUUUAGAGAGCCUCGAAUACCUUCAGGCUGAUUAUAACUACAUCUGCGCAAUAGAACCCGGUGCAUUCAGCAAACUGAAUAAAUUGAAGGUGCUUAUACUUAAUGACAACUUGUUACCUUCUCUACCCAACAACGUGUUCCGUUUUGUGUUGCUGACCCAUCUGGAUCUGAGAGGGAACCGGUUUAAAUCGCUGCCCUUUGCUGGGGUGUUGGAGCACAUCGGUGGCAUUAUGGAGAUCCAGCUGGAGGAGAACCCUUGGAAUUGCACCUGUGACUUGGUCUCGCUGAAAGCCUGGCUGGAUACCAUCUCGGUCUUUGUGGGAGACAUUGUCUGCGAGACGCCCUUCAGACUUCAUGGAAAGGAUGUCACCCAACUGAUCAGGCAAGAUUUUUGCCCUAGAAAAAAUGCUGUGGAUUCAAACCAGCGUAUCAUGAAACCAUCCUCUGAUUCUCAGUAUCAGAGCACCUUUCCAACAUCAUACCCAGGCAUGACGCAAACCAAACCUCCAAGGGCAUCCCGCCCUCCCAAAAUGAGAAACCGCUCUACAACAAGGGUGACAGCAUCCAGCAAUGACAUGCAUGUCUUUGGACCCAUAAUGGUGUAUCAAACCAGGUCUCCUGUGCCAGUCGUGUGCCCAAAAUUAUGCAUCUGUACCCCACAGAAACCGGACAGUGGUUUGAGCAUAAACUGCCAAGAGAGAAAGAUAUAUAAUAUAUCUGACCUUCAUCCGAAACCCUCCUAUCCAAAGAAACUGCAUCUGACUUCUAAUUAUCUGCAGACCAUAUAUAGCACCGAUUUUAUUGAAUACGGUUCUUUAGAACUCCUUCAUCUGGGGAACAACAGAAUAGCCAUCAUUCAGAAUGGUGCCUUUAGAAAUUUAACCAAUUUACGCAGACUGUAUCUUAAUGGCAAUUACAUUGAAAAAUUAACUCCAUUUUUGUUUGCUGGGCUUCAUAGCCUGCAGUAUUUGUACCUGGAGUACAAUAUUAUCAAAGACAUAGCGCCGCAGACAUUUAAUUCCUUACACAAUCUGCAGCUGCUGUUCCUCAACAACAAUUUGUUGAGAUCUUUGCCUGAUGAUGUCUUUGGAGGGACGAUGCUGACGAGACUGAACCUUAGGAACAACCACUUCUCCCACCUUCCAGUGAGGGGUGUGCUGGACCAACUCUCACCCUUUAUCCAAAUUGACCUUCUGGAAAACCCCUGGGACUGCAGCUGUGAUAUUGUGGCUCUUAAGAACUGGAUGGAGAUGUCCAGCACAAGUGUUGUGGUCAAUGAAAUCACAUGUGACUCCCCUUCUAAACAGGCCGGGCGACUUCUGCGGUCCCUGCGCAAUGAUGAGGUAUGUCCAGAUACAAACUCAGUUAUGGGAACCAGAAUGCCCAAAGUGAGUACAAGCUCUUUAGCAGCAUAUACUGUAAGUGUGACCACGGACAUUAUGUCUGAAAUGGAUCCAGAAGUACCACUUUCAGUUUUGAUUCUAGGUCUGUUGAUUGUCUUCAUUCUCUCAGUUUGUUUUGGUGCAGGUUUAUUUGUACUUGUACUUAAAAAACGCAAAGGGGUUGAGAACCUUCCCUCCAAUCCCAACACGUUUGACCUGAAUGCCCUUCAGGUUCCAUAUGGUUCCUAUAACACAGAAACAAACAUAGAAAAACCAGAUAGUCAUAUGUACAACUAUAUACACACACCUGCAAGUCAAAUAUGUCAGAACCCUAUUUACCUGCAAAAGGAAAAUGACCAGCUGGCUUAUUACAGAAAUCUGAAGGAAAUGAGCUUCAGUACCCUGGAUCAUAAAAAGGACAAGAGAGCAAGAAGUGCUGCUUAUACGAUUAGCACAGUUGGGUUCAAUAAUAAAGAACCCAGUGGAAGGGGAGACUCGGAGCUGCUGUAUCAGAACAUCACGGAACGGGACAACGAGCUUCCAUCCACAGGGGAUCUAAAGUACAACUUUGCUUUACCCAAAGCCCUAUCCAUGCCCACGUAUGAGUCGAACCGGCGCCAGUUGCAUAGUCAGGAUCGGCUAAAUAAGCACAAACUGCCUAGGAAAAGCACAGUGCAAACCAACAAUCAGCAUCACAGACAUCCGUGGAAACACAGGACGGUGCCGGAUUACCUGGAGGUUUUGGAGAAAUACACCACCACGAGCCAUUUGUAAAUAUAUAUUGAGAACGAAUUAACUGCAUUUUUCAGGCAGAACCCUAAUAAGUAUAUCUAACUCCAAACUGCAGACAUUAUAAAUACCUCAGUUCACAAGAGGCUUCAAGAUCCUUUUGAAAGGUGUAAAUAAAUACAGUAAAUGUUAAUACAUGUUAUCAUUUAUACAAAAAUAAUUUGACAAAUGCUUUGUAUUAUAUGGUAAUAACCACAUCAUAAGAUGCCAUUGCUUUCAUCUUGUGUGUAAAAGCAAUGUUUCUGAGCUACCAAGAAUAGGACAGUCUUCAUGAAUUUUACAAGGUUGCUUUUCCUAGGGUAUGAGGGUUAGGAGUAUACGGAAUUACAUAUGAUAUUCUGUGAUUUUGCUUUUUGUUUCAGAAGUGCCCAUGCACAGUAUUUGAAUGUUGCUUAUUCCUGUAUUUUCAGUGU